ACACACACACACACACACACACACACACACACACACACAUACACACCCUGCAUUGCUUCUUACUGAACAUGGACUGUGCAGCUCUCCUAGUGUUGGCUUUUGCAGCAACAGUGUGCCAGGCUCUGGGAGAGGUGCAGGUGUUGAAUGUGACUGAAGGCAGUAACAUCACGGUGUACUGCCGCUACAACAUCCUGCUCUACCGGCAGCACAUGAAGACCUGGUGCAAGCAGCACAAGGAUCCGGGCUUGACGGUGCUGGUGGGGACGGACGGGUACGUGUCGGAGACGCACCAUGGCCGCGUGUCUAUUGUGGACCUGAAGAAGAGUGGCAUGGUCUCUGUCACCAUGGCCCUGCUCCGGCAAAGCGACUCUGGAGAGUACUGGUGCACUGUGAGGAUGCUUUUCGGACUGAAGCCCCUGCAGAGCUUCCAGCUGCACGUUCACCAAGGCACCCCUGGUUCAGAAUCACCGUGGACCCCUGAACAAGAAAGAACUGUCCCUGAGGCUCAGGAAGUGUAUCAAAGUGAAUCAGAUGGGCCCUUCGACGCACACAUCAUCUGGGGCUCCCUGCGCUGGGCUCUGCUGGCAGUGAUGCUGGCGUGUCCAGUGCUGAUCCACAUCUAUGUGAGCUGGAGGAAGAGUAAAGUCGAACUGGAGCAGAGGAAUAGCAGGUUUUUGAAUAUAAAGUUUUUCAGGCAUUCUGAAGGUGUGAUGUUCAUAAACGAAGCAGGGGUACAGCAGUGACGUGGAGGGUGGGAGUUACACUGCCCCUUACAGACUGGAGGCUGACAACGCUUUGCAGUGUUGGAGAGUAAUAGUUUUCAAGAAUCAUGCUCAGCUUUACUUUUCCUUUGGGGUCUGUUUUUUUCCUUUGUUCAUGGUUUUGAGUGAACAGACUCCUGCUCCUGUUUGUACCCUUUUAAAGUUCUUGAAUAAGAAACUGAAAAAAUGUGGCUUUGUAAAACUGAUAAAACUACAGAUCACUUUGUCUGUGAUGUGUGUGGAUUAUCGUUUGCCUUGCUGUCUUGCCCGUCUUUCGACACUUAUUUUGAAUAAAAUAUUUUUUAAAA